AUGAGGCGAACACUGAAGAGGCGUGCAAGUCUGUCAGCCAACCUGAAAAUUGGAGACAACCACCGCAGGUGCUGCCGGACCCCUGAGGAGGAGGAUGUUUACAUCCCCUUUGCACAGGAAAAUUUGGUGAAGCAAUGGGGUUCUAUGCACAACGUGGCCGAUGGGAGCCAGGACAGAAACCAUGCCCCAUCCCGGCACAGCCGCUUCUUCCUGAACCUCAACGUGGGAGGCAAGUGCUUCCAGAUCGCCUACAAAGUGGCCGCCAAGUAUCCCGUCACUCGGAUUGGGAAGCUGGCCAUCUGCACGGACCCCAUGGAGAAGCUGGCACUGUGUGAUGACUACUCCGUGCUGAAGAAUGAAUACUUCUUCGACCGGGACCCACUCAUCUUCCACUAUGUCUUUCACUUCUACCGCAGCGGCGUGAUGUGGAUCAUGGAGGAGAUGUGCCCAUCCAACUUUGUGGAGGAGAUCGACUACUGGGGCAUCCACAUGAAAUACGCCCAGCGCUGCUGCCGCAUCCUCUUUGAGGAAAAGCAGGACGAGAUGGCUGAGUACCUGAAGGUCCAGCGGGAGCUGGAGGCCGAGCUGGAGCCGGUGGAGCGGGAGGAGCAUUUCGAAGGGAAAUUCCUGGGGGAGCUCCGGAAGGCCAUCUGGAACCUGAUCGAGAACCCGUACUCCUCCAUCCCAGCCAAGAUCAUAGCAAUCAUGUCCAGCUUCUUCGUCCUCAUCUCCAUCGUGGGGAUGACACUCAGCACAGUGGAGGAGAUGCAGCACAAGUCCAGCAAGAAGUGCAUGCAGCAGCUGGAGACCAUCUGUGCCAUCUUCUUUACCCUAGAGUACUUGAUGCGCCUCAUCUCCACCUCCACCUUCCAGCAGUUCCUGCGGGCGGCCUUCAGCGCCAUUGACCUGGUGGCCAUCCUGCCCUUCUACAUCCAGAUCCUCUUUGAGAACCUGGGCGAGACGGACGGCGAGUACCAUGAAGAGCUGCACAAGAUGCGCAGUGUGGGCAAGCUGGGCAAAGUCCUCAAGCUCAUCAAGCUGAUGCGCAUUUUCCGCAUCCUGAAGUUGGCCCGCCAUUCCACAGGGCUUAGGGCCUUUGGCUUCACGAUCCGGCAAUGCUAUCAGCAGGUUUGCUGCCUCUUACUCUUCAUCGCCAUGGGUGUCUUUACUUUCUCUGCACUGAUGCACUCGGUGGAGCAUGACGUGCCAGGCACCAACUUCACCAGCAUCCCUGAUGCCUGGUGGUGGGCAGCGGUCAGCCUCUCCACUGUGGGCUAUGGCGACACGGUGCCGGACACACUACUGGGCAGGAUGGUGGCCUUUGGCUGCAUCUCCUUCGGCAUCAUCCUGAAUGGGAUGCCCAUCUCCAUCCUCUACAACAAGUUCUCUGACUACUACGCCAAGCUCAAGUCGCAUGAGAACGAGACCACCAUGUCGCUCAAGCUCUCCCGGAAGCUUAAUCUCAAGGAAAGGGCUGUCAGGAAGUUCACUGAGUGCUGCUGUGCUGAUUACAUCGUCCCCAGCCAGCAAGCCUCAAAUCCAGUGGCAGGUCAUUCCACUGGUCAACUCUCUACACCACAGGCACUACAGUCUGGCCAUCCAAGACAACCCAUUACCCACCAGCCGGGACACGCCACUCCCCUCUUGCCCUGUUCUCAUGGCCACCAUUCAGACCACCUCGGCUCCCACCCGCAAGCUCACCACAGCCACCUGGGGCACCCCACCACCUUUCUUGCACCGCAGUCUGGCCAUCCCACCCCUCAGCCAUCGCCACGGCCAUUCUCUCAAGCCAGACAGUCAGGCCAGUAGCACAUCUGUACUCCAGAUGUAA